AUGCAUAAUCCUGCGAUGUCGGUAUUGGGCGACUCCGCAAUAGUCCAUCCAAAAUGCUACUCGAACUACUCCAAACAAGACACGAAUCCGAAGCCCUCGCCACAACGACGAUCCCUACGACGGGCCAUCUCCAUACCGGCAGUUUCUUCGAUUGUCAAAGAUUCGUGGAAUUGGGCUAGUGACACUCUGGGCUCCUACCGUGGUGGAUUGUCAGCCGAAGAAAGGAAACAGCGAGCGGACGUGGAGGUUCGCAAACAAGUGCUCUAUCUGAAAAUUAAAAAUGCUGUGUCGUACGAGGAAUGGUGUAGCUGUGCCAACGAGCUCGACGUGCUAGAAGAAAACAACAACUGGAAAGAGACCUUCGAAUGCGCCGAAUAUCAUCCUCAGCUGGUACAGGAACGAUUGCGACAACUGGAGGAGGCGCGUAUCAGCUGCGAUGUCAGUCGCAUGCUGUUCUUGGUUCGCACCGCGCUCAGUCGAGACCUGGGCAUGAUGAGCAAUGGAUCUCUGUAUCGCCACUCGCAUAUUGGGACAAAGGAUUUAAUAGACCGAUAUAUCAAUACCGCGCUGGACACGAUCACAACAUUGGUGGAUUUGUCGGUACAUAAUCGCUGUGAUGGCCUGGAACUGAAGUACAUACUCGACCAACUCUUAGCAGCUCGGCAAGCCUUUGGCCGCAGUGCAUUACUCUUCUCAGGUGGCGCCACGUUUGGCAUGAAUCAUAUCGGCGUGCUGAAGGCCCUUUAUGAAGCGAAGAUGAUCCCUCGAAUAAUAUCAGGCGCCUCCGCAGGUAGUAUCGUAUGUGCUGUCUUUUGCACUCGCAACGAUGAGGAAUUGCCGGCACUCCUCGAUACAUAUGCACAUGGGGAUUUCGCUGUUUUCAAUGAGACUGGACAGGAAGAGAAUAUUUUUCAAAAGACGGCUCGGUUCUUGAAGUUCGGUUCUUUCCUCGAUAUUUCCCAUCUAGCAAAUACCAUGCGAGUUUGGCUAGGCGACAUCACUUUCCAAGAGGCAUACAACCGCACACGUCGGAUCUUGAAUAUCUGUGUAUCUAGUGCCGGCAUGUAUGAGCUCCCACGACUGCUGAACUAUAUAUCUGCGCCGAACGUGUUGAUUUGGUCCGCUGUAGCGGUGUCCUGUUCUGUGCCAUUAGUUUUUAGACCAUACACCUUGAUGGCCAAGGAUCCCUUGACAGGGCAAACCGUUCCCUGGAAUGAUUUUCACAAGGAAUACAUAGAUGGCUCUGUGGAUGGCGAUCUUCCAAUGACACGACUCUCCGAGAUGUUCAACGUGAACCACUUUAUCGUCUCUCAAGUGAAUCCGCAUGUCGUACCAUUCCUACCAAAAGAGGAUGGACCAAUCAAGGGAUCUAUUCAAGGUCCAUCAUUCGUUCCUCGUUGGAUGAACACAAUGACACACUUGGCGAAGGAUGAAAUGCUGCACCGCAUGAACGUUCUAUCAGAGCUGGGAGUCUUUCCGACCUCCAUGACGAAAUUGGCUUCUAUUGUUAAUCAGAAGUACAGUGGCGAUAUCAACAUUUACCCCGAGCUGAUUUCGUCCAACUUCCCCCGGAUACUGGAGAACCCGACGACCGAGUUCAUGCUCGAGGCUUGCUUGAGUGGCGAGCGAGCAACAUGGCCUAGGUUAAGCCGAAUUAGGAAUCACUGUGCGAUUGAACUCGCCCUCGAUCAAGCUAUUCAGCAGAUGCGGGCCCGGGUAGCCUUUAGCCCGGGUCAGGUUCGUUUGCGCAUGCAAGGCUCGACCCGGCGCUCAAACGAUUCAAUGGACAGCAGCGCUAGUCGAGGGCGUAUACGCAAUCGUAGGAGGGGCUCUCACAGCCCUGAACUGGAGAGAAGACGAUCUAGAGGUGCAUCUCAAGGUAACACGGCACAACAGCCACGAAAGGCGCGCAGCACAGUGUCGCUUGAGAACCCACACUCCUUGCCAUCUCACGAUCUAAUCUCCGUGUCAGGCCACCGCAAGGCCCAUAAGCGCCGAUCAUCAAUAUCCUUUGGCUGCGAGGGCUUCAUGGUUGGCUCUGGUAGCGACGACGAGGAGGAGCCCGACGUUUCCUCUUCUGGUCACUAUCGGCACACCAAGCCCCGAGAUUCUUGGGACGCUUCGUCCUACGGAGAAGACUUGAGUCAGGGAACGCGUAGUCCUAUCCGAUCACGGACGUCAUCAUUCUCUGGAAGGUCACAACGAUCUGCCUCAGGCCAAAGAGUUUCUCCAAACGAGGCCUUUAUGCCGUCAGCUCGAGAUAUCUCCAUGGCUCUAUCACCAUCCUCCCGUCACCAGUUGAGCAUGACACCGACAGUCCAGCCGAACUCUCCUGAAUUCUCUACACGGAAACUGCGCAAUUAA